CAAAGGCCAUCUUCGCGCUUGAAUUUCUUUGUUUUUCCCACUUCAGAUCUAUCCAUUUGACUUGAUCUCGAGUAGCCGAGGGCUUUAAUGGCGGGUGGUAUGAACAGGAAGAUUUCCGCAGCAUCGGCCAGAGCUCAUACAAGGAGAGCUAAGCAGAGCAGUUCUUCCCCGAUUUCUUCAGGAUUGCUAAAAAGUACAGUAGUGCUGCUCUUUUUUGGGUUUUUGGCCUGGGGUUAUCAGGCAAUCCAGCCUCCUGCACCAAAAAUAUGUGGCUCCCCUGAUGGUCCUCCUAUCACAGCACCAAGAAUAAAGCUAAGAGACGGUAGGUAUUUGGCAUACAAGGAGCAUGGGGUUCCAAAAGCUUCAGCUAAAUUCAAAAUUAUCUAUGUCCAUAGCUUUGGUUCUUGCAGACACGAUGCCAUUGUUGCAAACACCAUCUCCCGGGACAUAAUUGAAAACCUAGGAAUCUACAUUGUAUCAUUUGACAGAUCUGGUUACGGAGAGAGCGAUCCAAAUCCGAAACGAACUGCGAAAACUAUUGCUUUUGAUAUAGAGGAGCUAGCUGAUGAAUUGGGACUAGGAUCCAAAUUCUAUGUUGUUGGGUUUUCCAUGGGUAGUCAGGCUGUUUGGAGCUGUCUAAAAUAUAUUCCUAACAGGCUAGCAGGGGCAGCACUAUUAGCGCCAGUUAUUAACUAUUGGUGGCCUGGGCUCCCUGCAAACUUAACAAAGGAAGCUUUCUAUCAGCAGUUUCAGCGGGAUCAGUGGGCAGUUCGUGUUGCUCAUUACACCCCCUGGCUUACCUACUGGUGGUAUACACAAAAAUGGUUUCCUUCUUCUAGUGUUGUUGGAUCUAAUCCCAACAUUCUAUCUCGUCAAGACAAAGAACUCCAAUCCAAGCGAGUGGACAGGGAAUUAUGUGCGCAUGUUUCUACCCAACAAGGAGAACAGGAAUCUAUCCACAGGGACGCCAUCGUUGGAUUUGGGAGGUGGGAAUUCAGUCCUCUGAAUCUGGAAAACCCAUUCCCAGAAAGAGAAGGUUCUGUCCAUUUAUGGCAUGGAGAUGAAGACAAGAUUGUGCCUGUCACGCUUCAACGAUACAUUGCUAAACAGCUUCCUUGGAUUCAUUAUCACGAGGUGGCAGGUGCCGGUCAUUGGUUUCCCAUAGCUGAUGGUAUGUCUGAAUCCAUCAUUAAAGCUCUUCUUCUUAAUGAUAAAUAGGCUUUUAUUACAGCUUCUGCUGGGUUGGUGAUUCUUCAUUACUCCAUUUUUGUCUCUCAUCCUUGCUACUACAUUGCAUGAGAUGACCACAAUGGAUACGUCUACCAACAUCUCUCUUACUGAUGGUUGAAAUUUAGGGUUCAAAGUGUGUAAUUAUGUCGAAGUGUGUAAUGAUGUCAUGUUCGACCUUAUCUUGUAUGCUCCUUGACUAAUCUUAUGAGAUAAUCACUUGAGACUAGACGAUACUUGUUGGUUGGAAA